CCUCAAUCGAAAGCGGUUGCCGCCGGGGCCGCGCGCUAAUGUUUCGGGCUCCGUCCUUCUUGUUCUCUCUUCUUCGCCCUUUUUGGACUGGGCGGCGGAAGCGGGGGCGCUAACGCGGGCGAGAAGUUCGACAGCCGAUGGAAGAGUCGGCGGAGAUCGUCUCCGAUGGCGGCCACGAAGCUGCUGCUGCGGCGGCGAUCGUGGACACGGAGAAUGGGUUGGUUGAAGAAGAGAAAAAUAUGGACGUCAAAGUCGCUCCAGCACUGAUCUCUGUUCAUCCUUUUGAGAAAUCAGUUGUUGUUGCAGUGGGUUCUGAACUCCGGCUCUUCAAUUUAGAAGGUGACUGCUCGGUCUCACUGAAAGAUGAUUCUGGCGGGCCUCUUCAUUCAGAUGCUAUUAGAGCAAUUACUUUCGGUGCAAACGGAAGACUUUUUGUGUCUGCUGGAGAUGACAAGCUUGUCAAGAUAUGGGCAACAAGUUCCUGGCAUUGCGUUUGCUCUGUAUCUGCCGACAAACGAGUUAGUGCAGUUGCUAUUAGCCACAAUGGCAAAUAUGUUGCUUUUGCUGAUAAGUUCGGAGUUAUCUGGUUAAUCACACUGGAUGAAGAUGAUGCUAAUCAGUCAAAAGUUGAUAACAAGGCAGUGCCAAUUCUAGGUCAUUACUGUAGCAUUGUUACUAGGCUGGAAUUCUCACCAGAUGACAGGUUCAUUGCAAGUUCUGAUCGUGACUUCAAAAUUCGUAUUACUGCAUUUCCUAAACGACCCCUAAAAGGGGCACUUGAAAUACAAAGUUUCUGCCUUGGUCAUAAAGACUAUGUUUCUGGUCUUUCCUUUGCAUGUCCUUCAGGUUAUGACCAUGGCUUUCUUUUCUCUGGAGGGGGUGAUUCAACUGUUCGCUUGUGGGAUUUCUUUUCUGGCCUUCUGCUUGCUACCUGUGAAGUCGGAGCAAAGGCAGAAUUGUUACAAUCCACUGGAACAAAGGAUAGUUAUCCACCAGUAACUGAUCUAUGUUCCUCUUCCGAUGGUACGAUAAUUGCUGUUGCCAUUCAAAGUGAUAUGCGGUAUUGCAGUUUGCACGGAAUAGUGCUUCUGAAUUGUGAUUUUUCCGAUAGGACUCUUUCUGUUGCCAAGGACAUGCCAACCGUGGCAUUUGGCCACGAGAGAUUGCUUUCGGAUCUACUGCUGUUUUCUGCCAGCAAUGUGAAUCUUCUGAUGAGGCCUCGGAACAUUCAUUGUUGUCUAUAGCAUUCGGCUCCCCAUUCAGCUGCUUGCCGUCUUUGUUGCCGUCAUCUUCUCUGUGCUACACUCAAAGGCCAAAGGAAGCUUAUUUUUACCUGCAAAACUCAAAGAUUGAUUCCACAGAACGUGCAACUCUCUCUAGCAUUCCACUGACCGACUCUGGUCCUACAGCGUGUAAGAUUUGGGACCUCCGAGGAUACCGAGGACACAGUAAGAUGCUGAACACAGUUGACCGUGCGAAAGGGAACUCACUUUGUCACCACUGUCCAUGAUGGGGGGGGCCAGCCAUUAUACUCUGCAGCUCAAGUGCAGCCUGGUCUUCUUCCACAUCUCCUUGUUCUUUGAGGCUUUGACCAACGCGAAGAGGCGGAGAGGAAGACAUGCUCUACUUGCAUGCGCACAUCGUAAAGCUUAUCAUCCUCGAUUAUAGGACUCAUUGGUGUCUUCAUUGCACCGCCACAAUGCUCUCUUCGGAAGCUGACUUCAGAACAUUGUCGAUUGAGUGGAUGCGAGGCAAGCCUUGCGUUGACCACUGCCGAGCUCACGUUUCAAACAGAAAGGGGGGAGUCCGACCAACCACGAUUCGCGUAAAUGGACGCCGCACUCGAGACAGUUUCUGCAUGUAGACUGUGAAGGAUUCCAAAGUCAUACAACUUUCUCAUCAAUCCUGUGGAUAUCAACAGAGCUGAAGACAGUCACACCUCCCCAAUCACUUCUCCACCCAGAACAUUUAGAUCAAUAAUACAUUUUGGAUUACCAUGCA